AUCACAUGAUUUUUGCACUAAUUAAGUUUCGGUGGUGUGAUACGGUGUGUACCAGUGUGGCUGCUAAAACUGGUGCCAGGUGGCCUUCGUUUAUGCCAAGUACUGAAUACUUUGCCGUGUCAUGUAGAAUUAAUGACUUACAUGUAUCAGUUCACAUCAGUACACUAAGUUCCUUUUCUUAUUUAAUAAUUUCGUAUUUUAUACAAUAAUUUCGUUUUUUAUAUAAUAAUUUCGUUUUUUAUAUAAUAAUUUUGUGUUUUAUAUAAUUUUAUCUAGUUUUGGUUUUUUAUUUAAUAUUUUCGUUUUUUAUUUAAUAAUUUCGUUUUUUAUAUAAUAAUUUCGUUUAUUAUAUAGAAUCUAAUAAUUUCGUUUUUUAUUUAGUUUUUGACCAAAACCUGUGGAUCAUGUAAUAUUCUACCAAAGGACGGUUUGACAAGAAAUUGGGGACGGAUUUACCAAAAUCAAGAGACGGAUAUAACUUUCUAUAAACCUAUAAUAUUCUACCAGGCAACAGUGUGACCAGUAAAUGCAUAAUAUAGAAUAAACGAACGACAACUCUCGGUUUUCUACUUUCGUUUUUCAUUCCGUAUUAACAUGUAGAAGCUACUCGUAAACAAUGUUUAUGACCGAUGCAUGAUGUAUGAUGGAGGUUUCUAGUUGGACUGUUAGCCGCAGGAAAAGAUGAAAGCGGUUCAAGUAUUUGAAACGAAUGUUCUAAGACAUGUGCAUGACGAUAAAGAGGGCAACUUUUUUGCCAGUGUAUCUCACUUCAAGGAAGGAAGAUACUUUAUAAAGACAAACUUUCAUGAAGAGUUUCUGGAGAAAUUAAAGGAUAACAGAGCAACAAAAAGUAGCUGGAUCUGUUUGAAUGGAAUUGAGGGUUUGGGGAAAACAUCGUCAGCAAUUUACUAUGUUUUAAGAUGUCGAGAAAAUGAUGACCAUGCAGUUCAUUAUGUCGACUUAAAUAAAAUUGAGAAGAGAGAUGAAGAUUUGGAAUCUUUCAUUGCUUAUUCUAAGAAGUUCGAAGAUAAGGAAUGCAUUAUUGUCGAUCAUUUAACCCUUUCUAAUACUCAUUAUCUAGAAAAAAUCAGAAGAAUUGUGGAACGGCAAGUUGAAGAUCCAAAGUUUAUUCUCAUUGAAACAGGCUUCACUGCAACUGCACAUAAAUUCAUGGAAUUUGGAAGAAAAUUUCAGCUUGAUGAAGACUCUUUCCUGAACAUAUGGAAGGGGUCCUUGGAAUACCUAAUAUCAAAAAAAGACAAGGAGGAUAAGAAUUAUGAGCAGAGAUUGGGCCUUUUAGAAAAAGGAAAAGAAGUUUAUGAUGAAUUUUCAAAGGAGUACAUAAUGACCCCUAGAUUGUUGAACAGCGUGUUGGAGGAUAUGUAUACCAGAACAGAUGGAACAGUUGAAGAUGCUUUUGCACAGUAUACAAAAGAGAAACAACAUAAAAUCGUUAAUUGUAAAAGUUGUAAAAAUAAUGAGUAUGCUCAGUUUCAGCUUCACACUGCUGUUCUUCUCCAUUUUAUUGCAAAGGAAAAGGAAAUCAUCAUGAAAAAGGAAUGGGCACAGGAUAUAAGGAUAGGAAUCAACAUAUUUGAAGUUGAGCGUUACAAAAUUCAAACAGAGGAUCUGCAAAGUAAUCUUGAAUAUGCACGGAUGGAUUUGGAUGUGGGUGAUGUCUGCAUAAAAAUUCGAUAUUUGAUUCCUAACUUAGCAAACUGUUGGCGAGAAAGGUUUCCUUAUGAUUUAGAAGAGAUGCUACAGAUUGCAAAAACUGUUGGUUCUGAUAAAAUUUUGCUAAUGAUGUUUCAGAAUGGCGGAGCAAGAAAGGAGUUUGAAAAAAUGUUUGUUGAGUCUCAAAAGAAAUGUAAAUCAGUACUUUUACCAUUUUCCAGUGGUGAUGAUACACUGUAUCAGCCCUCGCAGACAGAGCAAGAAGUAUCCCAAACACCAUGGAAAGUAGUAUCAACUCCUGCAGAAAAUUUUUUCAGAUGUGAUGGAAAAGACUUGUCUUCAUACUGUCAAGAUAUCCCAGAAAAUCUAAAAGGUCAUGAAAGAACUAUUGCCUUAUUUUCACUUUUUAUAAAACAACUCACAAAGUCAGUUGCUCGGUUUUUGGUGUAUCCACAGAUACCAAAUUCUAUGGGAGUAGACUACUUUGUCUUUUAUGGUGACUGUGAUGAAGAAAAAGAGGGAUGUACAUCAUCUAAAAGGGUUAAAGUUCAGGAAAAAACAUUGUACCUUGUGCAAGUGGCAACUGGUGCUAUGCAUCGAGGUGAUACCAUUGGUCAAGCUUUGAAUGUAGUGAGACAAAUUUUUGUGAAUGAAAAUGUCAUAGUUCAUGCUGUUGUUAUUGUUGCAAGUAGGAAUAAAAAGUCCUUUACAUUGACAAGAUGUGCAUUUGAAAACAUUUCUGUGCUUAACUUAGAUGGAACAGAAGAAUUACUGUUACAAAAAAGCAGUCUCCUUUAUCAAUUUUACUUGGAACUUGUCAGGUCAUCUGAUUCUUUCAGGUGAUUAUUAUUGCCAUGGAUAAGUUGUCUGAUGCCUGUAUACUGAAAAUUGAUCAUUUAUGAGGUUGGUCAUUUCUGCAGAAUUGAGAAGGCAGAAUAUAAAAGUCCAAAAGUAUUUCAUCAAGAUUUUUAGGUUAUCUGAGUCACUCGGGUCACCUAUUGCAAUUUGUUCUUGUCCGUCGUCUACCUUGCAUCAUCCUUUAAUAAUUUUUAAGUUUACAACUUUAGAUACAAACCCUAUUGAAUAUUGCUCGGUAUCCACAUGUGAGAAUCUUCCACAAUUUCAACCUUAAGGUGUUGAUUUCCAGUUUUUCUUCUUUUUUAAUUUUUAAUAACUUUAAAACCACAUGACCAAUUCUUUUCAAAUUUUGUAUGAAGCAUAAUAGGGUUAAUAAGAGGAACCCAAAUUGUAAAUUUCAUGAUGAUUGCACCCCAGGGGUUCUAGAGGCAGUGCAAUUCAACCAAUUUUUAAAGAUCUUCUGUAGACUAGGAAGUCUUCUACCAAAAUUUUAUUUGUUAUGGCCCCUGGGGUGGGGUCCAGACUCAAGGUGGGGCCAGUAUGGCCAUGUAGUGAAAAUGUAUUAAAUCUAAGAAAAUCUUCUCCACUUAUUUCAGAAAAACAAAAUGCAUGGUUAUAAUGUCCAUAAAGCCUAGCUUCAUGGCUCCUGGGUCGGGUUUGGGCUAUAUGUAGGGGGAAAAUAAGGAAUUGGACAUAGAUUUCAUAAAAUCUACUUUUAUUCUUCGCACAGUAGUGACUUAUAGUGAAGGCUAAUCUAUUGUACUCAACACACACAAACGCGCACACACAUUCCUUUCAUACAAGACAAAUGUACAUACUUAUUAUACCAGGACAUUUUGUGAUUAAUUUCCACCCAAUACUUGUUCUGACAAUAUCUCUUCAAUGAUGUAGUAAUUUGCAGUAAUUGUGCAAGUAUAUAUUUCAAGAUGUCAUAUAUAUAUUGCAAUAUCAACAAUUUUUUUUCUAUAAAUAAGUAUAGGUUUACAGCCACUUGUUAUGUAAGGAAUCAACUGUCUAAAUAGUAUAUGGGGUAUGUUAGGUUAUUAAUUAAUAAUUUACAUAUCAGAUUGAAGCUUCAAAGGGUUAUCACAGAUAAACAGGUAAAAGAUGUAAAAACUAUCUCAAAGAAUUGUCAUACAUGUAUGUAGUUAUCCAUAGUAUUAUAUAAUGUUCUACUAUGAUCCAUUGCAUUCAUUGAUUAAAGAUGUCUUCACCAAUU